AUGUUGAGAGGCGGCAUACCGGACCUAAACUACAUUUCCUCUGAUGAAAGCCGACCAAAACCCCGUGUCAUGCUUACACCUGACUCUCAAAUUGUUGGCUAUUUAAGCUCGCAAAAUUCAAAACCGGGCCCUACUUUUUUUGAACGUCAAGAUUUUGAUGAUAUUAGGGCGGACGAUGUUGGCAUUAGAGAAUUGCCCCUGUCUGAGAAUGACGUUUCAACUCAAACGGAUAUCAUAGAAGGCGAAAAUUCUUUGAAGCACCCUCACAUUCAUGGUAAAUUAAGAAGACUACCUCCUUAAUUCAUUUUGUCAAUCAUUCGGUUCGAUUUUUGUACGUGCAAAUCUUUCGCAAUCUUAGUAUAUUUGCUCUUACUGAAACUGGCAAAUUAGCUUGCCUAAAAUUAUUGUUCUAUAUAUUUUCGAGUCAAGCUAUCUAUGACAAGUUGUAAAAUGUAUUUAAAGAGUAUAAUAAAUACUUAAUCUUUUUUCAAGAUGCAUCUUUUCUGUAAGAAAUUUUACAGCAGGCCUAAGGGAAUACAUAUACCUUUUACAAGUUAGCACUUGCCGUUAGCUCUUUAUAAACUUUGUUAAAACUCACAGACCCUGCUUUACCAUAUAAAAUACAUCGUAAACCAUAACGCACUAAUUGAUUUCCCCAUCAUUAAAUUACUUUAUGGCACUUUGUACGUCUGGGCACUGCACUAUAGUAUGUACAGCAUAACUAAAUUAAUACUAUAGGUAUUUGUUUCAAAUUUUUGUCGUUCGAAAUAUCAAGAAAAAUGCAUUCUCGAAAUUCUCAAACAUAAUAAAAUCGUUUUAGCAUCAUUGUAAAUAAUUCUACCUCCGUUCCAAGUAAGCUAACGUUAUUGCUGUCCUUUCUAAUAUACGCUUGUAGACAUUUGAGUAAAUUUGCAGAUCAGUUACAUGAGUACAGUUUUUACUGCUCUUCUAGAUGAUCAACAGUCCUGAAAUUGUCACUGGAAUAUAGAAAUUCGCAAUGGCAUUGUUAUGCUGGUUCGUUAAAGUAAUACAUAAUCAGGUGAUUAAGUGGUUGGUAUAAUGAGGCAUUGUUUAGUAACCUUAAAGGUCGUUUAACACUCUUGUCUAGUGAAAUUUAGUCUGGGAUUUAGCACAAAGUUGACAUCGCAUUGUGAAAAGUUGGCUUUAUCUAAGGUAGCACCGGCCCUAAGGCUUAACAGAUCUAUAGAGCACUUGAGGUCAUUGGUAUUUUGAUGUAAUCUACGCUUUGAGUCCUACAUUUUUAAGGAAAUUAAAUUCAUUUACUUCGUUCGACGAUCAAGCCCCUAUCGAUAAAGCCUCUUUAUUGUCAGUACUAGUUGAAUAUUAAAGCAUGAUGGACUUUACACGAAGUCAAACACAUUUGAGUGUACUCGUCCGUGUUUCGGAAAGAAGCUUUCAAGUCGGCCUAAGGGAAAGUGAAACGUUCUCAAGUGAAUAAAAGACUGCGAUAACUGACAGUUUAAAGACACAUUUUUCAGUUCAUUUAUUGCUACAGUCUAAAGGAUGGCUCAGAAAACGCAAGCAAUAGAAAAAUCUCGGCCACUCAUAACUGAUUCUAUGGGCCUUUUCUGCUGAUUCAAUUAAGCGGAAAUUUCUGCGAACCCGCCGGUCCAGUCUUUAUGUUCUUCCACGAAAGUGUUCCUGAAUUUAUUUCAGCUGGAAUUUAUCCUCUUUUCGAAGAAUUUAAUCUCACGUACAUUAUGCCAUUUUCUUUUUAGAUGCAUUGGGCUUUAAGUCGAGCUUAAUUCGCUUAAAUUAAAGUUGAUUAACCUCUGAUCAUACAGCGCUUGCACAUAGAACCCAGCGCACUCAGAAUUGACGUCCCCACUAAAGUCAUGCAUUAUCUUUCAUGUCCAGAUGUCCCUCGUUAUGCCGUUUUUCUUGUAAUGUCACAGUUCGUAGACGUUUGUUGUGACGACGAACUAAAUCGUUUGCUCACGUGAGCAUCUUAUGCUCGACCGUCAAUCCAGCGGCUGUUGUCUCGGACCCGCCCCUUCGGUCGGUCGAUGACAAAACAGUCCUACUGCCUAUCCAUUCUGUGACAUCAGAAAAUUACAUGCUUACUUUCCGCGUCUCACGCGUUAGGCACCGUCAUCCCCUUCAGCGCCGGGCACUCGACCAAUAAGAAUGCGCCUACGCGCUCUCAAUCUCCCCCUUCAGGACACGAAAAUCUACUCAGCGUCUGCGCCUGCCUUGCUGAGGGCAUGUGCAUCUAAAUUGCUUAUCUGACACGUUCCACGCACCGUUAGAGCCGUCGGCUGGCGGCUGCUUACAUAAAUUUUUGCAGGCAUAUAAAGUGACAUUUACGGAUUUAGUAUGAUUCCAAUAAGGAAAUGGACUUUUUCGUUCCCGAACGAAAUCCCGGGCCCGGAUUAGGCUUAUGGACGUAAAGUAAGCAGCAAUCCAGUGAACUGUGUUUCGGCCGUCACUGGAUGAUAAUGACCAGCAAGCCAGAAACAGCUACGCUAGUACUCCUUGCCACCUUUGAUAACACUUCGGUAAAUUAAAUUUCGCGUGCCUUCCGUGCUUAAAAUGGUAUUGAGAUUAGACAGGUUUGUAGAAAGUCGCUUUCAUGCACAUUUUAGAUUUAUAACAGCAACCUUUUUCAGAUGGCUUACACAUACAAAAGUAGUCUACUAAUGGAGUUCUACAUGACUUCCAAUAGGAGCAGAAAUGUAAGACUAGUUAGUUAGGAUGUGUCGGUAGGACUUUGGAGGCCGAAAAUCAGAAUGUCGAUUGGCGGUCUUUGUAUAAAUGCGUCUGUCACUCGACGUGCGCCUCAGGAAACUUGGCCAAAGUAUGCCUUGACCCGUGGGUUUUGUGGCGAGAAAAAGUCGUUAGAAGUGAUACUUCUGCCUUUCUACCCGACGAUAGCCACCACCACCACCGCCGCCACCACCACCACCACCACCACCACCACCACCAUCAUCAUCAUCAUUAUCAUCAGCAGCAGCAGCAACAGCACCAGCAGCAGCAUCAUCAUCAGACUGAGCGCGUGUUUUGUGUGAUCAUGAAUUACCUUGGUAGUGGUUACGUGCAUGGGUUCCCUACAGAACUUCCCUUGCCUUGACAUUGUGCCCUCGCCCGAGUUCGUUUCGUUCAGUAGACCAAAUUUCAUUGCUGGGCGUGCAUUUCCAUAUCUCCUCUACAUUUUCCUGCGUCCUUUCUAUCCCCAGCCCUCAAACGACAAAUUCAAAGAAAAACUAUGGGUUCUAAACGCUUUAACCGCCAAAAGCUGGUUGAAAUGGAUAGUGAAGAUCUAGAGAGGAUUGUGAAGAACCUAGUCUGGCUCCGAUUUGCAAAACCGUACGUAUUUUGAGUUCUAUGGUUAAGUUGUAGAAUUUUGUCAUUUCAUUUCCACACAGACUUGAACACCUUGAUACUUUUAUCUGGAAGGGCCUUGCAUCAUACUUUAAUUGUAUACUUUUGCGUAUUUUUACUGUGCGUUUGUGUCUGCCGCUCAAUGUUUAUGAUCGGUUUUGUGAUUGUAGAAUUAACUACAUUGAGGCGCAGGAGUUCCUUAAUAAACUCUCGCAGGACGUCGACAUGAAACCACCCGUGGCGUCAUUUCAGUAAGUCCUUCGUCUCUCUUAUCAGCCAUCCCUACAGCUGCUAAGUAAAUGCAUAAAAUAGUUUGGAGGGAUUUCUGACCCUUUUCCCAUCGUCUCUUAGCUAAAUCCCUGAUCCACAUCGAAGAUAUCUGAAAUUCGAACUUGGAUCCACUUGGUCGUUGAAUUAGGCGCUGUCGGCUGCUGUCAGGAUAUGCAAAGUUUCAUGCAAGCUAUACAACUUUUUAACUGGUAAUGGUACUAUCGACGCUGGUUUUGAUUUAACCAGUUCUUCAGUAUGCGGGCUUUAGCAGUACAAGAACUGCAUGUUAGUCGCCGGUCUUAAGAAACAAGAACGGGCAAGGGAGGAGGCGUUAUAUAGGUGACCAUUAUAGUAACUAUCUGAUCUGCUUCACCAUACCUGGCUGUAAAAAGGUCGGCGGCGUCAGUUGGACUCAGAUCCAGUGCAUCAAGAGUAAGGUUUGAACGUAACCAAUGCUCUAAGCAUCUGACCUGCGAGGUUCUGACCAAGGACCCUGGGCCUCGUAGACCAGGUGGUUAGAACGGCGGCUUUACUGAAGCCUUACGCUUGCUAUCAUUGGUUUGAAUCGCACUGAAACAGCCGACUUUUUCAUAAUCAGACCUGAUGAAUCACCACAAUCUGGGAAAAAGCGCCCUUAUUAACUGGACUAGGUCACAAUCAUUUGGCCAAACAACUUUGCGAGAAGACCACAGGCUAAGUAUGCAUGUGAAAUACGGCGCUGAAUACAUUUACUUCUCUUCCCUUGCCCUCAGUCUGAUCAGUUUAUUUCUCCCUUCCAGUUCGGUUGCUCACCACUAAUCCACAUGAUUAACAGUCUUGUCUUCUUAGGAUUUCUCUACUUCCUCUUUGCUUUUGGGAAUUGAUAAGCCAUCAGUCAUGGGAUGGAUUUAUAAUUGUGAAUUAUACCACGUGUUUGCGCUCGGACGCUCAUAUCAUUCCAAGUUUGCUGAGUCGGAGUUCGACGUCUUUGUGAGCGCAGCGUUUGGCUUUUAUCAAAAGCCCCUUAAAUCAGCUCUUGGAAGGUGUGCUGGUUGCAUUACUAAAAGACCCAGUUGUGUAGCCUGGACAUGAAUGCGAAUUCUCAUAAUCGUGUUUCUGUUUACAGCUUCAUAUGUGAACUUACUGAAUAUCCUACAGCGACUUCAUGCCGGCAGAGUUAACCAAGUACUGACCUGGUAAACUUGGACACUGUUGGGUGCUUUUGGUGCCUGAAGUAGGGUGCAUUAAGAGGGGAACCGAUGUCCGGCAAAACAAAGUAGAUAUGGUGUUCGUCAUAUCAAAGAGAAAGUCUCAAUCGUUAACAAUUUCAAGCGCAUCAUGUGGUCUACUGAAUACGUGAAGAAACUGCCUCUUAACUGAUGCAUUCGUUCAACGUGCUUUUUAUUGGUCGUUGUCCCCGUUAACUUUCUAAAGAAUUCAUUAAAGAGUGAGUUACGCUUGGCGCUGAUGACAUUGCAACCUAAAUUUGUCUGAACGUCAGCACAGCUCGGUCUGGCUUAGAAUAUUUGAAAGGGAAAUGGCGAAUACAUCGUCUUUUCGGCUUCAUGGCUGUGCGUGGAUGACGCCUUCGAGAACAGAUUUUAGCCCUUUAAUUUUCCACCAAAGUGGAAACUGAGGCAAGGCCUUUUAGUUAUCUGUUGCGGCAGACUGCAGCCUUCCACUUCGGAGCUAAAACUGUGCUCAUAUCAUGUGCUCUAUCAGUAUCAACUUCUUGCCCCCCCUUUCCCCUGUUCCACAGCUGACAUUUCAUGGGAUGUGAUGGUUUUUGCUGUUUAAUUAUAUUUUGACUAUCAGCCACUUGUGCAUGAAAAAGUCCCGUCAUCGGCUUUGUCCUCUUCUUUACACUUUAAUGUGCUUGGUCCCUUUUAUAGACUGGACCGAUCUGGGAAGGUUCUUCAGUUUCACGUUCCCUUCCAAGCCGGCCUAACUGCUGACGAUGUGAUUGGUUCAUUGUGUAAGUCCUUAUACCUAGACAUUGACCCGAAAGAAAGACUGAUCCUCUCAGGUCUCUAGAAUGUUCUUCACAUCGCCCGCGCACCAGACCUAAUCAGAAACUACGGUCAAGGGACUUAGAUUCGAUUGUACGAAGGAAUUAUAAAGAAAUAGAGCUAGCAUGUUUAGGGCAUUAUGAGGCGCCAUUGAUUUGAAUUUCUCAAUGGGAAACUCCAUAUGAUCUUCCAGUAGACAUUUAAAGUAGUCACUGCGAAAACUUGAGAGCCGCAACUACUGCAGGUUUCUGUUCCAUUUAUGUCCAUUUGUACUUGUGUCUGAUCUGUGAGGUACAAGGUGUGAAAUGGGUUACCGAGCCACAAAGAUUUUUCAGGUGUACUUAAAUGCAUUCUGGCAUUCCUGGUACAUGGUUUAGAAGCCAAAGAGUACAAACACAUAUUACUUAGUGAUGUUCUUUAAAAUUGAUGAAGGAAACUCUCAAGGAUGAGUUCUUUUGAAGAAUACACCUAUUAUGUCAUCUAUAAGGGUUUGGAUAAGUUGCGGACGUAGGGCGUUUGCUAUGGAAGUCGCUUUGACCCGAAAACAGCAAAUGCUGCAGGUUUCUGAUCCAUUACUGUCCUUCAUUGUUUUGUUUCUGUGUCUGCUCUGUGGUGCUUAAGGUGUGGAACGUGUACUUUUGCGUAGGUAUAAAACUGCCAUAGGAACGUUUCGGAUUUAGUUCAGUGCAAUCUAGCAUUCUUGGCACAUGGUUUAGUAGCCUAAAGAUUCAAACGCGAAUUACUCACAGAUGCUUUGUACAUCUGAUGAGGGAAACUCUUCACAAUGAGCUUUUCUGAAAAAUACGCCUACUCUGUCAUCCAUGAGGGGUUACGUAUGCUACAAACGUUGGGCGCUUGCUAUGAAAAUCGCUUUGACAUAAACUGUCUUCUUUACAUUAAAGCUUCCAACAGCGACUGGUUUCGAUUGAAUGGAAUCCUGGAUAUCGGUAAAGGAAUACCAGUAAGUUUCUAAUUUUAAUCAGUGUACGACACUUCAUGAUUUUGUCCGAAACUACUGGACGAACAUAGAUAAAGUCCUCGGUACGGACCCUUUUGGGAUCGACUCCAAUUUUUGCACAAAAAUUUCACUUGAAUACAAUCGACUUCAGUGAACUGAUUGCAUAUUGCUCACAGCACAUGCUCCUUUCACCUUGUCCCCGAGCCCCUACCUAGAGCCGUCGUAGACAUUCACACAGCAGCAGGUAAUGUUUCCGAAGGAAGACUGACCUGACCUGGCGACUAAAAUACCCAUAUAUACCCCAACCCUAGGUCUCUACGUUCCCGUCUAGUCUUCAUCGGUAUUCCUCCUGCUCGUUUUUCCUUAUCGCUGAACGAUCGCCUGUUGAUGCGCUAGGUGGAGAUCUAAGGAGAGGAAAGGGGAAAAUCACAUUUCUUCCAGAAAUCUGAUCGGUGGGGCGUAACUUCCAUAUGAAUGUAAUUCUCGACCGCAUCGGACAGAACCUCUAGCCCGUUAUUCACCGAUGAAACGUCUGAACUAAUGCCCAACAACCAAAAAUUUGGGGUUUAGACCCCAAGUUCCCCAGGUUGAGGACUAGGGCAUGACAGGCUGACUACGACUCGUAAGCCAGAAAUUGUUAUUUCCGGUGUUUAUCAUGGGGGUGAUUACAGGUAAUGAGGGUAGACUGGUACAGAACUAUUUCCAGCCUAUACUGUCUUUAUUCAGUCAAUCAUUACCCUGACUACUGUCUUGAUCCAAAAACACAAACAUGCGCACGCACAUGGCGCAGAUGGUCCAUCAUCGGGGUCUACCAGAUGAACCAUAAACCCUUAAUUAAACUGAAGAUUAUCGCUCCCUCGCCACCUGGUAUUCUCUGUCGUUGCAGAUCGGAUAUAGUUAUACACAGGACUUCAAACGGUUCCGUAGCAAUAGAAGCGAAGAGACGAGUCCCAGGAAACAGUCUUGAAGAAGGAGACACGAUCACUGGGACAAGAGCUUUAUUAGCCUGACAUCUUCCAACACCACAAACCGAAGUUCCACGCCCAGUAUGUGGAUGAUACCUUCGUCGUUAUCGACCUGUAUCAACUGCUGACAUUCAAGGAGCAUCUGAAUGCGGUCUUCCCGGACAUGCAAUUUACGAUGGAGGAGGAAGAGAACAACCAAGCUGGCUUUCCUGGAUGUUUUCGUAUGCCGCAAAGAUUGUGGUGGUCUAAAGACCAAAGUGUGCAGGAAAGCGACAAAUACAAUGCAAGAACUGAACUUCAACAGCAACCACCCAAUCAGCCGCAAACGCAGUUGUGUAAGGACGCUCUCUCAGCGCGCUGAAACGCACUGCAGUGAGCCGGAAGACAAAAUUGCCGAACUACAAUAGUUCCGACGCGUCUUCAAAGCCAAUGGUUACCCGCGAAAUUUCAUCAACCGGUGCGUAUGCAAAAGAGACGAAAGGCCUAACGGCACGAACACCAAAUUUUGGCGAGCGCUUCCGUAGUCAAGAACUUUUCGGAAGCUGUCGGCCGCCUUCUCGCACCACUUGGGGUUUGGGUUGCACACAGACCGGAGGCAACAAUCAGGCGUCAGUUAAUGCAACCGAAAGACGCGCUGCCGCGGCUGGAAACGUCUGGAGUCGUUUAUCGGAUCUGAUGCAGUUGCGGACAAAGCAACUACAUCGGAGAAACCGGAAGACAGCUCCGAACGAGAAUGGCCGAACGCGCUGCAGCGGUGUGGAGAAAUGACGCCAGCUCUCAAGUUGCGGCUCAUUCGACGAGAUCCGGCCACACAUUCAAGUUUGACGAGGCCGAAAUUCUCGCGAGAGGGGAUAAUCGCGUGAGCCGGGAGCUACUUGAGUCAUGGUUUACUGGCCCCCAGUCCAUUUACAAGUGCAAUGACCUUCCCCUUUCAUGCUCGGUGCUGAGGUUUUGCCUAGGCGGAGUAAUCAGCCAAGCGGAGAGCGCACAGGUGAACACUAUUUCUAACCCCAGGGUCAGUGCGUCAAAUGGUUGAGCAAUUACCACACCAACAUCCAACGCACGUGAUGAAAUUGCAUCAAUUAACGACGCGAAUGUCGGCCAUCAAAUUGCCAGCACACCAAGUGCAGCGAUCCCGGAGGAAGGGGGGAGGGGAGGAGGGGGAGGGGCGCGAAUAUUCAUAGGUAUGUCUUAGCAUGACGACUGCAUUCUAUAAAUACUGCAGCCACUUGUGCAUGAACUACCCGUAUCUGCUUUUGUCUCUGAUGAUGACUUCGAGCAGGAAUCCGAAACGUCAGGCUAAUAAAGCUCUUGUCCCAGCGAUCGUGUCUCCUUCCUCAACGUUCUGUAUCAGUCUAACCCCACUCUCUUUCUUCAUCCCCUCUGUUAUCAAAACUUGGCUGAGUAUGGCCUAGCAGUCGGUCGACUGUUCGUGACCUCUGCCGCACAUCCGGAGCUUGUUUGCUUGUGGAAGACAGUGAGUCGGUUGGCGCUCCUUCCUGUGUGAAUAUGGAUAUGUGUCGCUUUAAUGGGCCCUGCACAGGAAAUUGGCUCCGUUAUCCGGUAGUAGGGUCGCCAUCUGCAAUCACCAGUCAGGUCGCAAAGGAAAUGUUUAUUCAAGCAUAUGGAAUGAGUCGACAAAGGCAGUAAAUUCCAGAUCAGCGUGGGUUCGGGUUUAUUUAACGUCCUUAUCAACUAUCAGUGCUACCUAUCAGGCAAGAAAACUUAGUUAGUUUCACUUCAGCUGCGUCAGAAGAAUGUUAAAGGUGAAUUGGAAAAUAAAAAUCGCCAACACUUCAUUGCUGGAAUAGAUGAGUCUGCUCAACUCCGGUGACAUAUUGAAUGGUGUUCAUUUAUGGUGGGGUAGCCAUGUCGCGAGGGUGGUCGACGAACACCUACUAAAAUGACUGUUCCUCCUUGACGUCUCAGCAGGUGCUGAAAGACAAGGUAGACUAACUCGGCAAUAUAAGAACACUACCCUAAAGGCCUCUCUUAUGCUCUUUCACAUCACCCAAGAGACUUUGGUGGGCCCUUUGCCAAUUAGGUAAACCAGUUGCAUUAAUAUGAAUACCCGCACAGCAAUCUUCGAGGUCAACCAAAUACGAUGGACCAAGAUGAUGCGCAGGACACAAGAAGGCAAUCCGCAGGCCAACAGCGCUAAAACCCAACGCCCAUUAACACGUCCGAUUUACCAACUGAUAUCUGGCAGAUGGGAUGGUCUUAUUGGCUACCCUCGGAUUCGCAUCAAAGUCAAUACGCCACCUCACAUAACACCAUCAUAAUUAUAAUCGUUGAAGAUACGCCUCUCAGCAGUUCCUGUCUACCCUGGCCGGACAUCGUCGUAGUCGUCGCAACGGGAAUGCCGAUAGGACAGAAAGGACGCCCACCACCAGCGGUUUGGACACACUGCCAACUCGUCCUCAUUUCGAUCACGCGAUUCAGUCAGACAUCGGCCCUGUAGAUAGUCCGCGACCUUAUGGUAGUGCGGUCGGCGAGCCACUGCUAGGAGUCGCGAGUGACACCCUCCAUGUCCGCCUUACAUGCUGCCUGGACUGUCCCAGGACUUUCAAACACAACAUGGACAUAGUUGGCCAUGUACGCAUGCACGAUAAUGAUCAGUUAUACGGCAUAGUCCGGGCGUUCCUUACAUAACCUCACUCUACACGGACACAAGAUCAUCAGUGGACGAAACAUGGUUCUUUUUACGAUCACAUACAUACACGUCAAGGAUCGGCUAAACAACAGACAUCGGCCAUCGUUAUGACGGACAAGAGUUUUAUGAAAAUGUGUGCAUUUACAUUCCUGCCUUUUAGUGAAGUCUGACCACCUGGAGUCAGGGACCGACACAUGUGUUUAACAAGCAUAGGCAGGGAUUUCCACGUCUUUUCGGCUAUUACGCCUUAUCUAUUGGAUUGUUGACCUACAGGCUCGGACUCUCUAUUGGAGAGUAGGGAAAUAAGGAGACAGCGAGGAAGAUCCAGAAGAAUUGGCGAAUUGGCGUAUUGGCGUAUUCCUCAGUAGACUAUAUCUGGUGCGUUUCAUUCCAUCUUGACCCACUGAACGUUGUGACUUGGAGCGUUGCCAGCUGGCAUGGUUACACGGCCCUCAUUUAGAACGGGUGUUCAGGCACAUUUGCUCCUAAAUGUGGUCUCUAAUGCAUCUUUCACUCCCGUGAGGUCCGGAUCCGCUUGUGACAUGCGUUGGACAGCGACUGCUCGUGACGACAUUUACUGCUACCAAUCUCGCCCCAGUUGCCUUGCUUCAGACCGGUCACCGGCGAACUGAAAGUGGGCAUGAUACAACUGCAAUACAGCAUUCUAGUGUUUUUCACUAUGAGCGCCCAAGUGGGAUAUGGACAUAUCGCGACGUGCUGAAAGUUGCAGCCUUUAAGGCUGCUUAUUGAUAUGGUAACUUGGUCCUCCCUUGAGAAAGGGUUCAGUAACACCUUCUUACCCCAACUAUCAUGGAACCACUCUCUGGCGUGCGCUCUGAGACUCGGCCGUUGCAACCUCGUGCUUGACCCGCAUAGACGGAAUGUUUGACUUUGCUAAUCCCUGUGCUCAUACCCGCCUCCGAUCUUUAUGACCAAAUCUUUUAAUCGGAACACGGACGGCGUGGGAAUAGUGGUGUGAACUAGACGGGGCGUGAGUCUGCUUCAUUUUAGGUAGAUUUCUACGUGGUGCAUAUCUGCCCCCACCUCUUAGUAUGCUGUGGUCUUCAUCGAUGGCGAUGGGAAGACUGUUAUUUGCAUUGGAAUUGGCACGUUACUUGUCGGGUUGUGGGAGGGAAAGUGCUUGUUCCGUCUUGACCUGAAAUUCCAUUAUAGAGCUCUAGCAGACAACUUCAGGGUAACUGGCUUACCGAAGAAGACAUGAGAGACGCGUGUGAACUUCUGGCGUAAUUACCGUCAUCACCCGGCCACACCUCAACUCCUGGCCGGCCAGACCUGAGAUUUGAACGCAGGUCAAUUGAGACACCCAGCCUUUGGGUCGAAUGCUAUCCUCCUUUGAGUCGCGUCGUCAGGUCCUGUUAGCUGAUUUGGCGCUAUUCAGAUUUGUGGGAAAAUAGCCCCUCAUCUAGUAAGGUUGCAUAGGGAACAUGUGUAUUUUUACGGUCUGCCAUCUCAUACACUUUACUUUAGCGAUAAAUCUUUUCCCUUUCCUUCCUCCCCUACGCGAUGUAGAUCCUCACUGAAGCAAGUGGCGUACCACAACAACCAUACAAAUCCGGUGAGUUUACGGACUCCGAGCCCGAGGACCGCAUACUCAGGCCCCAGCCACGAAGCCGAAUUUCCAGGGCCAGUUUCGUGGCCAUCAUAAUAUUCUGCACGAUCGCCGUGAUCACCGCCUUCCUACUCUUUGUGCAAUACAUGGUACGAUCGGGCCGUUGUUUGCCCCGCAAGGGCUCCGGCGAAUCGAUUCUCACCAAGGGGCAGUACGCUGAAGAUGACACGGAGAAAAUGAUGCCCAAUCUCUCCUCCGAGUCGCCCGGCUCCCCACCACCCUAUCACGACAGUUAUGUGAGCGAGAAGCCUCAGGAGACGAAAGCAGUGAAGGCAAGUCGGCUACUUUGUUGGUACACGCUCAAUCACUUUUUCUGUGAGACCUGCGUGUGCGCGCAGUCUCUACUCGGCGUGCGCCUACAGUAG